UUUAUAUUCUCCGGGCGUCCUUGCCCCGCGCUCUCCCCGUUACUGGCAGCUGUGUCAUAAGAAGAGCAUCUGAUCUGAAGCCUCACACAAGAAGAGCAUGCGUUGAUAUUCUCAUGAGGAUAUUAGUGAAUGGAGUUGUAGAGCUCAUCUCUGUCCCAGCGGAUUUGGAUAGGGAUUUAUCCUGUUUGGGAAUUUGUCAUUGGAGCAACAGGAAUACACCAGAAUCAGAAAAUCCAAUCGGACUGACUGGUUCUUCAUCAGGAUGUUACAGUGAUUGUGGAGAGGUCUGAUCGUGACGAUGGGAAUUUUCGGGAACCUGGCCUGUUCGAGUCAGGCCAACUGUUACAGCAACACUUCCAAAGACUACUGCUACUCGGCCCGGAUCCGCAGUACCGUGCUGCAGGGUCUGCCCUUCGGAGGAGUUCCCACGGUCCUCGCUCUCGACUUCAUGUGCUUCCUGGUUCUUUUAUUUGUUUUUUCCAUCUUGCGGAAAGUGGCGUGGGAUUAUGGCCGUCUAGCUCUGGUGACCGAUGCUGACAGUAGAAGAAAGGAAAGGAAUAACUAUGAACCCGUACGCAGUGUGGCCUCAGCUCUACAUUCUGAAACGCCAGACCGCUAUGAACGCCUCACCUCCGUCUCAAGCUCGGUGGAUUUCGAACAGCGAGAUAACGGCUUCUGCUCCUGGUUAACGGCUAUAUUCAGAAUAAAAGACGAGGAAAUCCGGGAGAAAUGUGGUGAAGAUGCCGUUCACUAUCUUUCAUUCCAGCGCCACAUCAUUGGUCUGCUGGUGGUGGUGGGCGUGCUGUCGGUCGGCAUCGUUCUGCCUGUCAACUUCUCAGGCAACCUGCUCGAAAACAAUGCAUACAGCUUUGGACGCACAACGAUCGCCAACCUGCCUUCCGGGAAUAACCUCUUGUGGCUGCACACGUCAUUUGCCUUCAUGUACCUGCUCCUCACCGUCUACAGCAUGCGACGCCACACGUCAAAGAUGCACUACAAAGAAGACGAUCUGGUAAAACGCACUUUAUUUAUCAACGGCAUUUUUAAAUAUGCUGAAGAGAGCCAUAUAAAACAGCACUUUGAACAGGCUUACGAGAACUGUAUCGUACUGGAGGCGCGUGUUUGUUACAACGUGGCCAAAAUAAUGGCUCUCAAUGCGGAGAGGAAGAAGACUGAACGCAGCAAGAAGUUUUUUACAGAUCUGAUGGCUAAAGAACACAUUCCCACCAUGAUCAACCCAAAGCCCUGCGGUCACCUGUGCUGCUGUGCCAUUACAGGAUGUGAGGAGGAGGAGGCUGUGAGUUAUUACACUAAACUGGAGUCCAAACUAAAGGAGGAAUACAGAAAGGAAAAAGAGAAAGUGAGCACUAAACCGCUGGGCAUGGCAUUCGUCACCUUCCAGAAUGAAGCCAUGACUGCAAUAAUACUGAAGGAUUUUAACGCGUGUCAGUGUCAGGGAUGUAAUUGUCGUCAGGAUCCGUGUUCAUCUCAGUUCAGUGAUAGUCUUCACGUCUGUAACUGGAGUGUCAGCUAUGCACCAGACCCCCAAAAUGUGCGCUGGGAGCAUCUGUCUUUGGGAGGAGUUUCCUGGUGGCUUCGCUGCUUCAUCAUUAACUGCAUCCUCUUCAUCCUGCUCUUCUUCCUCACCACCCCGGCCAUCAUCAUCUCCACCAUGGACAAGUUCAACGUCACCAAACCAGUGGAGUUUCUGAACAACCCUAUAGUCACCCAGUUUUUCCCCACUCUGCUGCUUUGGGCAUUUUCUGCCUUGUUGCCCACCAUCGUCUACUAUUCUGGCUUCUUUGAAGCCCAUUGGACCAGGUCAGGGGAGAACCGGACCACCAUGCACAAGUGUUACACGUUCCUCAUCUUCAUGGUGCUCUUGCUGCCGUCUCUGGGCCUCAGCAGUUUGGAUGUGUUCUUCCGAUGGCUGUUCGACAAGAAGUUCCUGGCUGACGCCACAGUCAGAUUUGAGUGUGUUUUCCUUCCCGAUAAUGGAGCAUUUUUUGUGAAUUACGUCAUCGCGUCUGCAUUCAUUGGAAACGCGAUGGACCUUCUGCGGAUUCCGGGUCUUCUCAUGUACAUGAUCCGACUGUGUCUGGCUCGCUCGGCCGCGGAGAGACGCAACGUCAAACGGCAUCAAGCUUACGAGUUUCAAUUCGGAGCUGCCUACGCCUGGAUGAUGUGCGUUUUCACUGUCGUUAUGACAUACAGCAUCACCUGCCCAAUCAUUGUUCCAUUCGGACUGAUGUACAUGCUACUGAAACACCUGGUAGACAGGUACAACAUGUACUAUGCUUACCUGCCCUCGAAACUGGACAAGAAGAUUCAUUCUGGAGCUGUCAAUCAAGUGGUAGCCGCACCCAUCCUGUGUCUGUUCUGGCUGCUGUUCUUCUCAACUAUGCGUACAGGUUUUUUGACUCCAACAUCCAUGUUUACAUUUGUGGUGCUAAUCAUCACCAUUGUUGUGUGCCUGUCGCACGUCUGUUUCGGCCACUUCAAAUACCUCAGCGCGCACAACUACAAGGUACGAGUUGCAGUACUGAAGAUCGACACUAAAGACACUGAUGUCGCCGGAGUGGAGAAUGGACGUCCUGCAAGGGCUUCACCCUCCAACAAAUCUCAGCAGAUGUACAUCGCCCAAGUCCUGCAAGACCCAAACUCUGAUGAGACGGGCACAGGCAGCGGAGAGGAUGAUGGCCAGGGGUCCUCGCAGGACGAGGACAUGAUCAAUGCGGGGAACAGCCUGAUCGAGGCUGAUUUCCAGUCUGGAGAGGACAGUCUCAUUGCCAAUGAGGUCCACCAGUAACCAGAGGACUGACCUGAGAGAGAGAGAGAGAGAGAGAGAGCAGAGAGAGAGAGAGCGAGAGAAAGGGGGCAGUGCCAGAAUACAGGAACCAAUCACAAGGUCUUCAUCUGCACUGUAUAUUUUGUCCCCGUUGAAUGCUGUGAAUUAAAUCUGCAAUAUGUUUGUUUACUCAGACCAUCAGCAACUUAGAAACCCGCGUCUGCCAAAACACACCAGCUGUGUACAUAAGCACAUGUGCCCAUAUUUAAAAAUGCCGACAUGUACUUUGUACACAUCGAAACGCCAAGUGCAUGACCAAGCUUGUUUUCAUGCAACAUUUCCUGCAAGCGCAAAGGUUGGAGACAUUUGGAAGGUCUUUUGGAGUGUUGAUAUUUCAGAACCUCAUCAAAAUGACGGGAACUCUGACGCUUUGUAAUGCCGCAACCUCGUCUAUAUCCAUCAAUAUCGUCUUCGCAAUACUCCUGGAACAAAGUCUGAUUCUCGAUGGAAAAUUUAAGAGACCAUUCCGGAUUUCCCAAUGAAUAUUUGCUAAAAAAAUGACAACUGAUUGGAACCCUGCCAUAAAUCCAGCAUGCUAAAAACUUGUCAAUGUGAGCCACACAAAAGUCCUGGAACAAAGCCUCAUUUUCGUUGAAAAAGUUGGAGAACAUUCCUGGGAUUUCCCAUUUCCCAUUGAAUAUAUGCAACAACAAAAAAAUUGAUUGGAACCAUGGUGUAAAUUGGACAUGACAUAACCAUGUCAAUGUCAUCUAUGCAAAACUCCUGGAACAAAGUCUGAUUCAUAUUGGAAAAGUUGGAGACAUUCCAGAGUUCCUAUUUCAUACAAGUCAAUGAGUAUUUGCUAAAAAUGUGUCGUAACUCUGAUUGGCACCUUACCAUAAAAUCAGUCCAUGUCGUGAAUGCAAAACUCCUGGGACAAAGUCUGAUUCCGAUUUGAAAAGUUGGAGAACAUUCCAGGAUUUCCCAUUUCCCUCAAAUCAAUGACUAUUUACAAACCAGUUGUCGUAACUGAACCUUAACAUUAAUCUAGCAUGCCUCAACGUCGUCAAUGAUGUCAACGCAAAACUCCUGGAACAAGUCUUCACUCCCAAUGGACAAUAUGGAUGACAUUCUGGGAUUUCCCAUUGUGUGCAAAUCCAUGACUAUUUUCCAAAAAUGUUAUCUGUUUAGAACCACGACGUAAGUCCAGCAUGGCACAACCUCAUCAAUAUCAGCUACGCAAAACUCCUAAAAAGUCUGAAUCAAGCUGGCCACCAUUCUGGGAUUUUCCAUUGGUUCAGAUACCUAUACGCCUCAGAAGGAGAAAAGAAACGGAUGGAAAACUCUGGAAAAAAUAGCAAAGAAGUCUUCACGUACAAUAAACCAACUCUCCUCUUUUCUAUCAACAACGCUCUUUCUCUGUCCGAAAGCUCCAAGCAUCCCAUGGUUUGCCUUAUUCAGCGAUAGUUUUCCUAGUCGACAACACUGCAGAACUGGCUUUGUUUUCUUGAUCUUCAUUGUUAUUUGCCUAAACGAUGGAUUUCGUAUCCAUAUGGCAUUCCAAAGGAAAAGUGCAAUAGCGGGAUCCGUAGAUGCCAGAUGCAUCCUGAAGUAUCUUCAUUUCGGAAUUUGUCUGGAAAUCGCAAACUUGUUGGAUUUGCCAUUUUAGACUUCCCAAACUGCUUUUACGGUUCAGUAUUCUGCCAGAACACUAAUCGUGCGGAAAGGAAGAGACUACUAACUUUCACUCUCGCCGCAACCGCUCCGUUGUCGGCAUGGGAACUUUUAGUCGCACUCCGAUAUGAACUAACUAAUGUACAGAAUUUCCAGAGACUUUGGGUGUGUAGUGUGUAUGUUUAAUUCUGGAUACAUCACUGAAUAUAACACUGGCGUGACCGUAUUCUUAAAUUGUUGUUCAUGGUAUUGUUACUUUGAUUUUGCCUUUACAACCUUAAUGGAUGUGUUUGUAUGCCUCUAACGGAAUACUACAAUUUUCGUCCUUGUAGCAAGUAGAAUCACCCUCAAGGCAUAACGUGACCUAGCUUUAUUUAUUGGGUUGCAGACUACAUACAAUACCAGAGGAUGUGGACGAUCGCUAAAAUGCCGCUGCAAACCAAUAAGAUCAAAUGCGAUGAAAUGAAACUCCUUGACCUGUCAAACACUGGAUUAGAUGUAGUGUUGUCAUGCACCCCUGUAGUUUUUGAGAAUAUAAAAAAGGACGGAAAGGAAAGCUUGCAAAAAAUGACAUUUUGAGGAUUCCCCUUGAGGAUUUAAAGUUUUCGCCUGGUUCGUUUGUACGAGACGUUUUGGGUGAAAUCAAGAGACGAUUUUUUAAGUAAAUAUUUGGAAUAGAAAUGCUAAUUCUUUAUGCCACAAAAGUCUUUGUUUUACCAUCGGAAAUGCAUUUAGUUAGGAAUGGCUGAGCAAUUUUUUCUAAUUGUAUAGUUUGACCUGGUGUGGUAGAUCUAUAGUAGUAAUGAAAUGAUACCCUCAUUGAUUCUCACCCAGCAAAUCGUUGCGAGCGUUCAUUUAGUUCAGCAGCCCAAAAUAACAUUUCAUACUGAUGGUUUCUUUUUGCACAAAAGGUUCAUAUUGUUGUCUAAUUGACACUCCGGAGAAAACGUUCUGUUUUUGUGCCUGAUUUGGGAUCAGACCCGACUCGCUCAUCACUAUUCGUCGUUUUGAAAAUAUUCGUUAUAAGCUCGAUUUCAAACCUGAUGCCAGAUCCGAGACAAAGACGCAACUUAUUCCAAAAUCAGUGGAAUGAAGUCUUGAGGUCUUGUUUGUUACUGUUGCCGCCAAACUAAAGACACUUGGUAUCUGGUUACAAAAGCCGGUGAUGAGUAUGAAUCUUACGAGGAUAUGUUACCGGUUCCCUUCAGGAUCGUAUAAUAUACGAAAAACUGGAUUUAGCAAAUAACGAUGGUACUACUAUUGCGCAGUGUGACUUGAGAAGCAAAAUCGAAGCACCUCAGGUGUUCUUUAUUUUCCAAAAGAUAAGAAAAUGUUUACAUCUGUGUGUUUGUUGUUUGUCAUCUCUCCUUUUUACUAGUUUUCUUUCUUCGAAACUCCAGAAUUCGCAUCAAAGAAGACACAAAGGUAACCUAUGAAAGCUGUAGCUAUGUAGUUCGGUAGCGUCGUGGCGGCGGCGUGGUGGAAGUUUUGCCGCUGUUUGUCUACUGUAGCUUAAAGGAAUAUUUCACCCCGAAAUAAACAUUUCUGGUUCAUUAGCUCACCCUCAUUGCGACUUAUUUACUUCCGUAAUACACAAAAGGUGAAAUUUACAAGAAUAGACCUUAUUCACAGCAGCGCCAUCUUUGAUUUUUGGAGGGAAUGACAACGAGGCUGUGAGGGAUUGACGCACCGUCGCUUCAACAGGUUGUACAGAUGUUUAAAGUGUUUUUGGAUUGUUCUGCUAGCAAAAACGUUGAAAAAUAUCUUUCCAAGAAAUUUCAGUAGACAAAAACGGAUGUGAUCUCGGAGCUUUUUGAUAGCUUUAUACAGUGAAUGUCAUCGAAGAGACGGUAUUCCUAUCCCUCACAGGCUUGUUUCCUUUCCCGCCAAAAAUCAUAAAUGCUGCUAUUUUGAAUGAGGUCUGAAGUACUGGUAAUUUUUGCCCCUGUUAACUUGAGGUUUCAAGCUACAAAUAGGAUGCAAAAACACCAUCAAAGCAUGCACAAAAAUCAUCUAUACGACUUGAUCUACAGUAAGUCCCCAUACGAUCGCGUUGUGUGAGGAACAAACUGACUGGAGAAAAUACCAGGUUGUAUGUUUGUAAUGACACGGGUGAGUCAGUAAUGACAGACUUUUUAUAUUGGGCAAAAUUGUAGCUACACGCUGGAGAUACUUGAGAAAAUUUGUGUCUAUCCUCUAUUUGAUAUACUUUGGAGUACGAUGUGACCGAACACGUUUGACUUGUCUUACCAAUGGAAGAUGAUUUUCCUUGUUUCGUUCCGUCCCUUGUUUGGGAUUCCCCUCACCGGCUUUUUAUUGAGUUAACGAAGUGAACGUGACUUCAGUAUUUAGCAGUGAAGUAAAGAGCUGUGAGCGUAUUUUUGUAAAUUGUACGAGAAACUGUUUGGCAAAACAAAUGUUGAGCCUGUUGACGUAUUUGAUACCACUUAUGUAUUAAAGAUGUGUCCAAGCUAGCUAUGACAAAGCUGUCGUUCGAUGGGUUUUUAAUAUAUCUUAACAUUAUUGUUUUUAUUUAGUUUUAUAACCACCUGUAAGCUAGCCAUUUAAGUUAUGAAACAAAGAAUGUCUUUUUUAGAACGAACAAUCACUGAAAAAUAAAUGAAUUUGCUCAGAGAAAUUUGCAAAAAAUUAAUUCUGUAUGAUGUUUGUACAAAAGUCUUCAUUUCUGAUGUAAUGCAGGUGUACAGUAUGUUUGAGUGGGUGAAAUGGGAUAAACUUCAACAAAAUGUCACUUUUUUAAUUCUAGUCUGCUGACAUUAUGGCUUUAACAGUGCAAGUAGGAGACUGAAAUCAUACUCUCUAGAAUUUGUGUGAUUUUUAUUUGUAUUUUUUUUUUACACUUUCUGUCCUAAGGUCGUCAAUAUGGUGAAGCAUUGGUCAUAUUUCUUUUGUUUCCUGAUCAAUAAAAAUUGGUAUGC